GCCCCUCUGCAUUGCAAAAAAAAACUCUCUUCGCUUGGUCAUAUAGUCAGAGCGCCCCGUACACGGCAUACACACACACACACACACAAAAAUUACGUUCCUUUUUUUUCUUUCCCAUCGUCUCCAUUGGGUGCUAGUCAGACUCAGACCUUAACGUGACUCUUCUUUCUCUCUAGAAACCCAGAAAUCAUUUUUGCUUCUAAGCUUUAUUUUUUAUUUCAUUAACUUUGAAGACACCGAAGAAAAAAACAUCGCAACAAUCCAGAGAAUUGGCCAAGAGGGUUGCUUCUGUUUCUCUUCCUGUAGGAGAAUUUCUACGAUCCAAUCCCUUUUCUUUUACUCAGAUACUUCAGAUUCAUGUAAGACUUGAAGUUUGGUGUGCUCCUUUGAUUUAUAAAGUAAGAGAGCUAACAAUGGGGAGUGUUACUCCUCCUGGUGUUCACAAGGAUGAUCUUGAGCUUGAAGAUGAGAAUCUGCCUGGGGGAAAUGGUUUAUUAAGGUCAGGGAGCUUGCUGAGUCACAAAAGAGAGCAAUGUAGUUUAGUUUCAAACAGUGGAAAGUGGCUACAGAUCGUUAAAAACGGUCCCAGAGGGUCGAUAUCUCGCGCUACUAGCUUCUUACUCGAUAACAAGAUCCCAAGGCAUUUGGUGUCAUUGGACGAGAAGUAUCUCCGUCGCUGCCUCGACCUGAUUAACAUCACUGCCUUUAACUCAGCUAGUCACAGCCUUUCCAUGAAUCUUGUUGGACCAAAUAUGAGUUUUGAUUCAGCUGUGAUGAUGAUCCCCAAAGAAGAUGUGGCUCGUCUUGUGUUUGAUCUUCCUUUGGUGGAUGAUUCAGGCAAUGUGGUGAUUAGUCCUGCGAUCACAGGUUGCAAGAGGGUUACGCAUAUGGUUGUUGAUAAACCUUUGUUAUGUGAUGAUGGUGAUGUUGUCUCUUUAUCAAGCACAAACUCAAGGAGUUCUUCUUCUUCUUCAUGUUGGUCUCCGUCUUCAACGGUUUCUCAAGGAACACUUCAGUUCACCAUGAAAGACAACAAGACUCCUCAUUUUGUUUUCUCUUUGGAUGGUCAGAAAGAGAUCUAUGUAGCUAGCUUAACCACUAGUAGUCCUGGACCGGGUUUUGACCGGAGUUCGAAAGACUAUUCUUAUCUAAUCCAUUUGAAGAAAGGCCACAGGUCUGAAUUGGUUGGUAAACUAAAGGUAUCAACAUUGUUCUCUGUCUCAUCCACUAAUGAAAAGGUCGUUGAGAGACAGUUUGUUCUAUUCAGUACUGGUGUGAACCCACAGUUACCAAGCCUUAUCAAGAAAAGCAGAGGAUUGUCUAAGAAAGUCGUUGAUGCGGUUAAAAGCACCACACGAGCAGCUUCUUUAAGGCAAAGAAGGAGUAUCUCAAGAUUCAGUAGAACAAGCUCAGUAGCGGAUUCUUGUUCUUGGGAGCCGUUUCAUGAACCAGCCGUGAGUUUACUAGAUGACAACCUUCCACCAAAUCUUGAAACCUCAGCUGUUGUUGUGAGGGAACAGUAUGAUGAGGAAGAGAAAGGUGGAGUUGGAGGGGGAUGGGGCAUGAAGUUUCUCAAGAAAGCUCCAUUGGCUCGAACCAAGCAUUCAACGAGCAUAGAUGUUGUGAUUCCUUCAGGGAUUCACGGAGGGCCGAGAAGCAGAAACGGUGGUGGUCCUUCGAGCUUGGUUGAGAGAUGGAAGUCUGGAGGAAGCUGUGAUUGCGCUGGAUGGGACCUUGGUUGUCCCUUGACCGUCUUUAAAGGCCAAAGUGAAGGUCAAUGCAAUCUAUUUGAGCUCUUCUCAGAGGGAUCAAAGCAGGGGAUUCCUCCUGGAGUGAGGAUCAUGAGUGUAAGAGACGGCCUUUACUACGUCCAGUUUCAAGCAAAGCUAUCUGUUUUGCAAUCUUUUUCAAUAGCUUUGGCAUACAUUCAUAGCCAGAGCCAGAGACUCAGGCCAUGGUUGUCAGGGAAGCGUGUAUAGAGAAGCUUAACUAGCUAAAGAGAGAGGAUUGCACAGAGUAAAGAUAGGCAAAAACUCAGCCUUGGUAAUUUUGGCAGGUUCUUGAGUUGCAUAAUAUGUUUUAUACUUUUAUUCAUAUGUUUUUAGUUUAUUCGUUUUCUAUAUUUGAUAUUUUUUUUAAAUAGAAAAUACUUCUUUACUUGAAAUCACAUGCAUGUUUGGUAUUGUUUGAUGUGUUUUUGUUUUGCACAAGGGUGGUGUGAAAUGUAAAUGCUGACUUUCGAUUUUGAUAUUUAUGGUAUUCUGGUUUUAUAUA